UCGGUGUCCCCUUUGGUCACACAUCUGACGUGGGCCAUGGUAUCUGUCAAAUUAGUUUUAUUGUCGUCUCGAUAACCUGCGUACGGUUAUAUUCUAUCAACUAAUUUAACUAAUCUACUCACGCUACACAUCAAAGGAACUGUGUUGUAAAUGAAAGUCUCUGAAUAAAGAGAGCCCAGUGUUUAGCUGUCUUCCACAAGUGUUCAUCUGCAAAAUGCGGCACAUCUAGCACUGAGCGGAAUAGAAACGGUUCCUGGAAAUCGAUUGCAUGUGUGCGGGGGUAGUUAGUUAAGAAGGCAUUUGACCGACGGGCUGCUUGCUUGUUUAUGUGGUGUGAAAGACUGCAGAUAUUGAACAGCGACUAAAACGUUUUGGGAACUUUAAGCAACUGAUUUAAUUAUUCAGCGGAAAGUGCCAAGAUGUCCAAUGAGCGUGAUGCGGGGGACCAUGGGCCAAUGAAACUGUUCACGACCAUGUUCUCGUCCCUCCAGGAGAAGUUCCACAGAGACCGGAGUGAUAGGGAUUCCACCCUGCCUCGGCCUACAGCCCCAUCCCUAGUGGUGACCUCUGCCCAGAACCAGAGUCACCUCUUCUUUGAGUACCUGGUGGUGGUCAGCCUACGGAAGAAGAGAGGAGAAGGAACGUACGAACCCCAGAUCACAUAUCAGUUCCCCAAGCUAGCUAACAUGAGGCGCUCUCAGAGAGAGGAAGAAGAGAAGUCCCUGAAAGCCAUCCUCCUUUUCUGUUUCCCAGAGGGGGUGAACUGGGCCCCCCUGACUGAAUACGCCAGUGAGACAUUCUCCUUCGUGUUGACAGAGGUCGACGGCAGUAGGAGGAAUGGCUACUGCAGGAGGUUACUGCCCAGUGGCAAAGGGGCACGGCCUCCAGAGGCCUAUUGCAUCAUCAGCCAGGUGGCCUGCUUUGGACUCUUCUCCAAGAUCUUUGAUGAGGUGGAGAAGCGCAGGCAGAUCUCCAUGGCGAUGAUCUAUCCAUUCAUGCAGAGCCUGAGGGAGGCGCCGUUCCCUGCUCCCGGAAACACUGUCAAGAUCAAGAGCUUCAUACCAGAGUCUGGAACAGAGGUCAUCAGUUUGACAAGGCCGUUGGACUCGUGGUUGGAGCAUGUGGAUUUCCGGACACUGUUCCGCUGUCUCACAGACGAGGAGGUGCUGCGGGUGUUUGCCUCCACCGUUCUUGAACGACGAAUCAUCUUCAUGGCUGACGAACUCAGUACCCUGUCCCAGGUGUUGCAUGCGGUUGCGGCGCUGCUCUACCCGUUCACAUGGCAACACACCUUCAUCUCCAUCGUUCCUUCAGUGCUGAUUGAUGUCGUCAUGGCACCCACUCCCUACCUGCUUGGUGUGCAAAAGAACAAACUGGAUGAUGUUGUUGACCAGAGCGACAUGCUCAUUGUAGAUCUGACAGAGGGAGCAGAGAACACAUUCAUCACUUGUAUGGGAGACGAGAGCACCAUUCUACCAGAGAAACUACAGGAGGAGCUUCUCCAGGCCUUGUGUUGCAGGAAAGACAACUCCACCUCGGAGGAGUUGAAUAAGGUGGUCUCGGAGGCCUUCCUCUCCUUCUUUGUGAAGACUGUGGGUCACUUCCCCUCCCAUGUUAAACGCAGAAGUGGCGGGCAGCCUGGAGUAUUCCAGAUCAACAGCUUCUGCAAGGCCUCCGAGCCGAAGGCCAGCCGCCAAUUUGUCAAACGCUUCAUCCAGACACAGAUGUUUGACCUCUUCAUCCAGGAAGUGGAGAGACAGCCCACACAGGAAGGAUUCUUCCACCAAAAAAUUGCAGAGUACCAACAAAGUAAGAAGAAAGAGAAGGCAAAGAGAGGCUGGGUGAGAGGACUUGUGGUGUAAAUGUAGGCGUCCUCAGACAAAUUGAUUCUGAUCAUGUGUACAUUUGUGAUGCUCCACAGACAGGACGUUGCUCCUGUCUGUGGAGCGAAGAUGGUGACAAUCUAAAUCUGCAGUAUUUUCUCUUGCCUGUAGAAAAUGUAGGCUACUCCUGUGUCAUGUUGAAUGAAUGUGUGCUAAAGAUGAAGAAACACAAACAUGUUUUUGUCAAUGUGUCUACGUUUAUUGAAGGAUGUGUUACUUCUGUUGUGAUGACUUGGCAAAAUGUUUAUUUAUUGCACUUUUGUGCUACAAGAUGCUCUUACUUAUAUAUGCUCUUAUAACUAAACAUACCUAUGAGUAUUUCAUAGUAUUCUAAAUAUUUUGUGUUUAUGCCUACUGAGUGCCUUAAAUUGUUAUUUUGUUUAUUUAAGCUGUGGGUAUGAAUGUGGAAGUUAGGAUGUGAAUAAGCACUUUUAAAAAAUGGUGAAUAAAAGUUGGACCAAU